AGGACAUCAGCAAGGACUCAGAGAUUCAGAAAUUCGGUCCUCGAUUCGAGACCUAGCAACGGCGCGGACCGUAGACGUGGAGAAGAACAACAGGAAUAUUAUUCUUACUGAAGAUGGUGAAUAGAUGAGAUUAACAUUCGGACAGUGGGAGGGCGCCGGACAUGAAUCAUUUGAAUAAUGAAAAUUGAGAGCAACAGCUGUAUUGUAAUUGAGACUUCGUUAAUUGAAAACAUGCUAACAGUUUCCAUGCGGAACGGCGUCAUUUUCAGGUCCGAAGUGUAAUCUGCCAUCAACGUAGGAUCCAUAAUGACAAAGACAUUACAGCUUAUUAAGCACUGUACGCCAGCAUGUGUAACCAACAAAGUCGAGAAAAGGGAGGCCAUAAUCAAUUGCCUUCCGUAGGUAGCAGUAGCAAGCCCACCAAUAAUCGGAGUUACGAGCUGGAUUGCAACGCAGCGGUUGUUUUCAGUUUCCAUUGUUCAAGUGCAGUGACAAAUGGCCACCACAACAUCUACGGCUCAACGGUAGACGACGUAGCUCACGGAAAGAACGGAUUGCGACAGCGUCACACACGGAGCAGAUAGGCGCGACGAUCCGUUAGUGGUUAGUCGAUCCGAAGCGGUGGCCUCUGUAACGGUCGUUCUGUCCCAACAGUAACAUUAUCUUCGUUCACUGUGAAAUAACUGUUUACGUAUCAUAAAACUUCGAGUGUCUCUGAAUGAUAGACUACGGCGGAAACUCCUUACUAUGCCUACUCGUCACCAAACCUUGCCAAUCCAUAAUUAUGAGUAUUUAUGUAGCCUUUGUCUAGAAAUGGAUAUGAAAUAGUUAAUGACAAUUGUUAAUCCUUGAAAAACGUAACGAUAUUUCUGGAAUACAUUCUAGAUAUCGUAAUUGGUCACUUUAAUCUCAUAGAGAUUAAAUCCUCUAUCGUAGUAAAGACCUAGAGAAGAAUUAAAGAGACCACACUCAGGAUGCAUUACUUAGGGUCCGUAAUACCAGAUGGCGUUAUAUAAAACAGCCAUUGCGCAACAUUAUUAAGUAGUAUCAUGGGGCCAGACUCUUCAGAUCCGACUGUGAUAACUCAUCUAAGGUAGGAGUUACUCUAUCAACGGACGGGAUUUCUCACCCUAUGCUAUCUGUAUGACUUCCAAAGUCCACAAUUGUUUAAUUUAUUUCAGAUCUUUGCGAUGCCACUUAUUUCGGAAGCAUGUCUCCGACUUUCGGACAUCAGACUUUUCGCUUUGUACAUAUUAAAUAUCCUGAUUCCACACUUAACUCCACUACAUUCCUUGGGUAUGGUUCAAAUGGCUCUGAGCACUAAUCGGACUUAACUCCUGAGGUCAUCAGUUCCCUAGAACUUAGAACUACUUAAAGCUAACUAACCUAAGGACAUCACACAUAUCCAUACCAUGGGCAGGAUUCGAACCUGCGACCGUAGCGGUCGCGCGGUUCCGGACUGAAGUGCCUAGAACCGCUCGGCCACUCUGGCCGGCCAUUCCUUGGGUAGCUAGCGUAUUUGCACAGCUCUGAUUUAAGCGAAGUCAGUUUUUUUAGGAUGGCUUCGUUCUGACCUAAGAGUAUCUACAGAAAUUGUACAAUGUAACUUGGUCCGGCAUCGUCAAUCUUUCAGUGUUCAUACUCGAAUAGUUACCUCAAAUACGGUAUUGUGUCGCCAUUUGUUCUUGUAAUGACUUCCUGUCGUAUUUAUUGAAACGCCACUUAACAUAAAAACACGCGCUAGUACUAGCUGUGUGUCGUGGAAGUUGUCCCUUAACUGGGCUUACAGUAGCGAGCUUCUAAACUUCGAAUACUAUUUUUAAUGUUGAGCUCUACGAUCUGUGUAUUCUGCAGUUCUGCGCCUAGCAGAGUACACUGUCCGCUGCGUGCGCCGCGCGCAGCUGCGCUCUUGUGACGUCAGCGGCGGGCAAUCCCCUGAUUGGCGGCAGCCUCUUGGCGGCACACAGUGGCGGGAAACGGGAAGCGGUCCGCCAGAGCCCCAUGCACCUUCGGCCGGGCUGGACCAAGCGCUCUACGCUCGCAAUGGCGCCGCCUCUGCUGCCGCUCGCGUGUGCCCUGCUGACGCUGCUGCUGCAGCGGACGACAGCACAGUCGCCCUUCUACAGCGUGCCGCCGCCAGUCAUCGAGGCCCUCAGCCCGAGGGGACUCCGCAUAUCCAUACCAGACGAGCUGGGCGUCGAGCUGUUCGCGGUGCACGCCAACAUCAACAAGCCGAUGGGCCUGCUGGAGGCGGGCCAGAUCUCGGUGGACAUCACCAAGCCCAAGGCCGGCCGCUGGGUCUACGAGGACCGCCGCGUGCGCCUCAAGCCCGGUGACGUCAUCAACUACUGGCUGUACGUGCAGGCUGACGGCCUGGGCUACCGCCGGACGACCAGAGCUUCACAGUCAAAGAGCUGGUGUCGCCAGAGGCGCCCCCUGAGGCGGCGGCUGAGGCCGCUCCCCUUCCAGGUGGUCCCCCAGGCCCCCCUGGCCCCCCAGGCCCCCCUGGACCUCCUGGGGCACCCGGCCUGCCUGGUCCACCAGGACCACCUGCGGCUGCCGUCCCACCAGGCCUGGGACCACUGCGGCCGAGGCCACCUGCUGCGGCCUUCCCGACACCACCGAUGCAGACGACGACACCGGCCCACCCGACACAGCCGUGUGCGCAGAGGUGCGAGGACCCUGAGCUGGCGCGUCAGGAGCUGCAGCAGUCGCGGCAGCUGCACGAGCUGCGGGUGAAGCACGAGGAGGAGCUGCACCGGCUGCGGCUGCAGAACCAGGAGGCGCUGCACCAGGAGCGGCUGCGGCUGCUUCGCGACGGCUGUGCGGUCCAGCCGCGGGUCGAAGCCGCCGCCGGCGCGGCAGCGCCUGCGACCACUCCCGAGAACGCAGUCUGGCGCAGUCGCCGCGGCCUGCCGCCACCCUAGACCCACACCACACCACACCACACACCACACCACACCACACCACACCACACCACACCACACCACACCACACCACGCCACACCACACACUGGCCAUUUAAAAUCAAAAAGCGUAUCCUACACCUGGCCAUGUCCAUAUAUUAAGCGCUCACAGACGAUUGCUCUCUCAUAAAACUCAUACAGUAUACAAUGAAAUGCACAGUAACACAUCUCUUUACGUUAGCUGGACAUGUUCUAAUCAUUGCACGUCCACCUUAAGGCAUGUCUUAUAACAAACAUUUUUGAAGACUUGAAGACCGAAAGUUUUUAUCGAAGACAACUAGUUUAAGUGACCAUCUUCAACACAAGACUACACCAAGUUCGUAUUCUUUGACCAGACAGUAGGUGCAACACAGUAAUUGACUGCCAUCUUUUGACUUGUUGAUGGCUUAUGGAAAAGAUAGUACACGAACGAGCACGUAACAGAGGAUGCAGCUAAAAGCAAACAUUCAUUUCGCGCCGGGCAACCGUCCUUAAAUUUAAUGUAGCAUUGAUUUGAAACUCACUGUCUGCGAAUAACAUGCUCAUUUUACAACAGCUUUCAAUGGUUCCAUGAUGCCAUUCCUUAUUUGAAAGUCCGUUGUGCGAUCUCUACUGCAGUCCCUUUCUCGCUUCUUAUGCACGUACCGUAAGGAAGUAUAUAAACUUUACAUAAUUUUUUUAUGUUAAGAGUGGUUGUCAACAAAGAAUAAAGGAAAACUCUUCUCUCUUUCAGAAAAAAUAUAUCCACAGCCAAAGUAAAAACAUUACACGAGCAUUAUUUGUCAUCAAGCGUUGUUUAAAAAGUAUUGUAACCAGACAAAUCAUCUGGAAAGAAAUAAAGUACCAAUUAAUUUGUCAUUCACAA